CGAGCUCGGUCUGAUUUUCACGUUUCCUGAGAAGGGCGCCUGGGAGCUCCGGAGGAGCAACGGACUUCUUUCGAGGCGAUAAGCGGAGGCAGACUGCUAAGGGGCGCUGCUCUGAAUGGACGAUUUUCGCGCGCUUUGCCGCGGGGGGUUGUGGGUAGAGCGCCCGGGAGGGAGAAAGGAGCCGGGGGUCGAGGCUGGCCUCCCGCAGGGCCCGCGGGGAUGUUCGAGGACGAGCCCCACGCCGACGGGGCGGCGGUGGUCGCCGCGGCCGGGGAGGCGCUGCAGGCCCUAUGCCAGGAGCUGAACCUGGACGAGGGGAGCGCGGCCGAAGCCCUGGACGACUUCACCGCCAUCCGAGGCAACUACAGCCUAGAGGGAGAAGUUAUGCAUUGGUUGGCAUGUUCAUUAUAUGUUGCAUGUCGCAAAAGCAUUAUUCCCACAGUUGGGAAGGGUAUCAUGGAAGGAAACUGUGUUUCACUUACCAGAAUACUACGUUCAGCUAAAUUAAGUUUAAUACAGUUUUUCAGUAAAAUGAAGAAGUGGAUGGACAUGUCAAAUCUUCCACAAGAAUUUCGUGAACGAAUAGAAAGGCUAGAGAGAAAUUUCGAAGUGUCUACUGUAAUUUUUAAAAAAUUCGAACCAAUUUUUUUAGAUAUAUUUCAAAAUCCAUAUGAUGAGCUACCAAAGUUACCACGAAGCAGGAAACAGAGGAGGAUUCCUUGUAGUGUUAAGGAUCUCUUUAAUUUCUGUUGGACACUGUUUGUUUAUACUAAGGGUAAUUUUCGUAUGAUUGGGGACGAUUUAGUAAACUCUUACCAUUUACUUCUCUGCUGCUUGGAUUUGAUUUUUGCCAAUGCCAUUGUGUGCCCAAAUAGACGAGACUUGCUAAAUCCAUCUUUUAAAGGUUUACCAUCUGAUUUCCAUACUGCUGACUUCAGGGCUUCUGAAGAACCUCCCUGCAUCAUUGCUGUACUGUGUGAACUGCAUGAUGGACUUUUAGUAGAAGCAAAAGGAAUAAAGGAGCACUACUUUAAACCAUAUAUUUCAAAACUCUUUGAUAGGAAGAUUUUAAAAGGAGAAUGUCUCCUUGACCUUUCCAGUUUUACUGAUAAUAGCAAAGCAGUGAACAAAGAGUAUGAAGAGUAUGUUCUAACUGUUGGUGACUUUGAUGAGAGGAUCUUUUUGGGAGCAGAUGCAGAAGAGGAAAUUGGAACACCUCGAAAGUUCACUGGUGACACCCCAUUAGGGAAACUGACAGCACAGGCUAAUGUGGAGUAUAACCUACAACAGCAUUUUGAAAAAAAAAGAACAUUUGCACCUUCUACCCCACUGACAGGACGGCGAUAUUUACGAGAACAAGAAGCCAUUAUUACUCCUGUUGCUUCAGCUACCCAGAGUGUGAGCCGCUUACAGAGUACUGUGGCUGGACUGAAAAAUGCACCAAGUGAACAACUUAUAAAUAUUUUUGAAUCUUGUACGCGGAAUCCUAAGGAAAAUAUUAUGAAAAUAGUAAAAGGAAUAGGAGAAACUUUCUGCCAACACUAUACUCAAUCAACAGACGAACAGCCAGGAUCUCACAUAGACUUUGCUAUAAACAGACUAAAGCUGGCAGAAAUUUUGUAUUAUAAAAUGUUAGAGACUGUAAUGGUUCAGGAAACACGAAGACUUCAUGGAAUGGACAUGUCAGUUCUUUUAGAGCAGGAUAUAUUUCAUCGUUCCUUGAUGGCUUGUUGUUUGGAAAUUGUGCUGUUUGCCUAUAGCUCACCUCGUACUUUUCCUUGGAUUAUUGAAGUUCUCGAUUUGCAGCCAUUUUAUUUUUAUAAGGUUAUCGAGGUGGUGAUCCGCUCAGAGGAGGGGCUCUCCAGGGAUAUGGUAAAACACCUAAACAGCAUUGAAGAACAAAUUUUGGAGAGUUUAGCAUGGAGUCACAAUUCCGCUCUGUGGGAGACUCUCCAGGCUUCUGCAAACAAAGUUCCUACCUGUGAAGAAGUGAGUCAGGGCAAGGUUAUAUUCCCAAAUAACUUUGAAACAGGAAAUGGAGGAAAUGUACAGGGACAUCUUCCCAUGAUGCCAAUGUCUCCUAUAAUGCAUCCAAGAGUCAAAGAAGUUCGGACUGACAGUGGAAGUCUUCGAAGGGAUAUGCAGCCAUUGUCUCCAAUUUCUGUCCAUGAACGGUACAGUUCUCCUACUGCAGGGAGUGCUAAGAGAAGACUUUUUGGAGAGGACCCACCAAAGGAAGUGCUUAUGGACAAGAUUUUGACAGAAGGAACAAAAUUGAAAAUUGCUCCUUCUUCAAGCAUCACUACUGAAAAUAUAUCCAUAUCCCCUGGGCAAACUCUUCUAACAAUGGCCACAGCCACAGUAACAGGGACAACAAGACAUAAAGUUACAAUUCCAUUGCACGGUGUUGCAAAUGAUGCUGGAGAAAUCACACUGAUACCUAUUUCCAUGAAUACAAUUCAGGAAUCCAACAUUGAGAGUCCUGUAUCAAUUACUGCUCACUCGUUAAUUGGUGCUUCUCCAAAACAUAUUCAUCUGACUAAAGCACAAGAGGUUCAUCUGACUGGAAUAAGCAAACCAAAGAGAACUGGGUCCUUAGCACUCUUUUACAGGAAGGUUUAUCAUUUGGCAAGUGUACGUUUACGUGAUUUAUGUUUAAAACUGGAUGUUUCAAAUGAAUUACGAAGAAAGAUAUGGACAUGUUUUGAGUUCACUUUAGUUCACUGUUCUGAUUUAAUGAAAGACAGGCAUUUGGAUCAGCUCCUUCUUUGUGCCUUUUAUAUCAUGGCAAAGGUAACAAAAGAAGAAAGAACUUUUCAAGAAAUAAUGAAAAGUUAUAGGAAUCAGCCUCAAGCUAAUAGUCACGUAUAUAGAAGUGUUCUUUUGAAAAGUGUUCCAAAAGAAGUUGUGGCAUACAAUAAUGACAUAAAUGGUGAUUUUGAAAUGACAGAUGGUGACUUGGAAAAUGCCACAAAAACACCUAACUGUCCCAAUGGACCAGUGAAAGAGGAGAGAGGCGAUCUUAUCAAAUUUUACAAUACAAUAUAUGUAGGAAGAGUGAAGUCAUUUGCAUUGAAAUAUGACUUGUCGAAUCAGGACCAUGUGAUGGAUGCUCCACCACUCUCUCCUUUUCCACAUAUUAAACAACAGCCUGGCUCACCACGCCGAAUUUCUCAGCAGCAUUCCAUUUAUGUUUCCCCACACAAGAAUGGGUCAGGCCUUACCCCAAGGAGUGCUUUGCUGUACAAGUUCAACGGCAGUCCUUCUAAGAGUUUGAAAGACAUCAACAACAUGAUAAGGCAAGGUGAGCAGAGAACCAAGAAGCGAGCAAUAGCCAUCAGUGGAGAUGCAGAGUCACCUGCCAAACGCCUCUGCCAGGAAAAUGAUGAUGUUUUACUUAAACGACUGCAGGAUGUUGUCAGUGAAAGAGCAAAUCACUAACAGCGUUCCAGUUUCUGAUGAAAGCACUUUUCAGGUUAUUUUGCAGAAAGUUGGGACUCUAUCCUUCAAGCCUUUCUGCCUUAUAAAUGGUAAAUAUCACUGGGUUAUAUGAAAAAUUGCACCAAAAUUUAAUGUGUUUUUAACAUUUAUCAAGAAUGUUGACAGAUGUAUUUUGAGUUAGAUUGAAAAGGAAUGUUUUAAGUGCCUUUAUACAUGUUAAUAGUCAUAGGAUUUUUUUAAUGUUUAUUCUUCAAGUUAGUUUUUUUUUAACGGACACAAUACCUUUAUUUUAUUCUUUUUUAUGUGGUACUGAGGAUCUGAACCCAGUGCCCCACACGCA